AUGUCGUCUGCGGAAGAACAAAGCACCGCGAAUUCACGGCGGAUACGAAGCCGCAUUGCACAGCAAGCAUAUCGGAAACGGCACAAAGAGAAAUUCGAUUCUUCGCAAAAGCGAGCACAGGACCUACAAGUUGCAGCCCAGCGCGCUUGCACAGUGUUCACGGACUUGACCAGUUCCCUUAUCCGGUCCGGGGUAAUUCCAAAGGACACGGACCUUAGCACUGAAGUUUUAAACGCUAUAAAAGAAUUUCGUCAUGUAGCAAAAGUUGUGGACGGGGAGACUCAGCGAUCUGAAUCAGGAGAUGUGGAUCAACCUCCAGAAGAAGAUCUGGAUAAUACAAACGCGACGCAAGCAAUGCUAUUGGACGAUCACAUGGAUUCUACAAUGGCGAAUGCUACACAACUCGAUCUAGAAAAGGGCAAAAAUACUAUCCACUUCGGAAGCGAGUCUACCUCUGCCCAUCAACAACUCGACCAAAAUGCUUAC